GAGGAGAGAAGAAAGUUGGAGCUUAGAACAGAACGUCAAUGUAAGAUACUCAAGACUAGAUCUGACUGCUCCACGAAACCAUUCAGAGACUUUUAAAAGCUGGUUGCAGACUUAAACAUCUUAAGCAUCACGCAAUACUAAAGGAUCACUUUUUUUUUUUUUUUAGACAACAAACUUUAUAAUCUCUGGGCUUUGGGAUUUGAAGAAAGUGUAAUUGAAAGUAUUUUUCCUAAAACUUUGUCUUGUUGUUGGCUGGGGCCUGCCUGAGGAUUCUGACGUUUUGGGAUAAACUUUGAACUUUUCCCAGAGUUUUGACUGAAGGCUUUGCUGUAAAUAAGACGCCACGAGAGACCCUCUUUGUCUCCUGCACCUGUCCAACAUGGCCGCUGCUGGAGCCCACCUGAUGCUGGAGGAGUUCCCCCAGCAGCUGCCAGUGCCCAAAGCGCCCCCUAGAGGAAAGAGCAGGGCGCGGCGUCCUCGAGAAGCACGUUUUAAAACUCAACCCGUAACAUUCGCCGAGAUUGCAGAAGUUGAGGAGGAGGGAGCCAACGCCAUGGACGAAGAACGAGCCAAACGAUCCUUCCUUCAGAGCCUCGAGAACCUGAGGAGGAGCACACAGAACCUGUACUACUGCCACGCUCCUGGGGGACACGUGCAAGCUCCCGCAGGUCAUGUGCACACCCCUGGACAUGUGCACUGCUCCGUCCAGCACAGAGGGACGCAGACUUGCACCAUGGACUCCAGCGACUCCGACUCGACGCAGUGAAGACGAGAAGAUCAAGAGUCACAUGAACUGAAGCUGCAGGUUUUGUGCAGAAGUGAGGAGUGAUGCAAAGACAUUCUGUGAAACGUUUGUAAAUAAGGAUUUGUAAACAGGUCUCGGGUUUGAUUCCCGGAUCAUGUGGGGCUUUAUUAGGAGUUUGCAUGUUCUCUCUGUGUCUGUGUCCUCUGGUUUCUCUCAGCAAACCUAAAACAGCCUCCAGAUCCUUCUGACCAGGCUCCAGGCUCAGAUCUGGUCCAUUGCUUCUGACCCAUAGAGCAUUUUUAAUGAUUAUUUUUGUAUUGAAAGUAAAGCUCUGAUUUACAUGACCAGGUGGUAAGCUCUGUUGUAGCCACAGCUGCCCUGGGACAGACUGACAGAAGUGAGGCUGACAGUCUGCACCAUCAGCACUCUCACACACCACAUGUUCACAACUGUCUCCCAUCCAAGUCCUGACCAGACCCACUCCACUUCGCUUCAGAAACCAGACAAGAUUAGGCUUUGACAGGCCAGUCUGGUUUAGCCCUUUGGAGGAUGGGGCAGAUGCAGAGGACCUGACUUUACCCCUGUGUUAAAAGUCUUUAGGUUUGAAUCGACGUGUCUCACCUUUAAGACCAAAUAUUUACAAAAGAUUGAUCUAGUUCUUAUCUACAGAGUUUUAAAUAAGUGGAUGAAAUGUUCAAAAGAAUGUCAUGGGGACAGUCUGCUUCAUUGAAUUUUAGAGAUUUUAGAUUUUAGUCUCAGACAAAACAGCGCCUCUGCUGGACAGUUACACCCUGUACAAAAAGACUUAUUUAUUCUCUAUAUUUAACACUGUGAGGACUUUAACAUUCACUUAUGAGCUUUAAAUAAAUAUUUCUUUUAUUCAACAGACUCUUUAUUUAAGUUCAUUAUUUGAUUUAAGUCUAUUGUUUUUAUGUUUUAUCUCUUUAAAGUCUCUGUUCCUAAAACAUGAAAAACAGAACUAGUUUGUUUGAAACAAUUUGCAGUGGUCCAAAGUUAUUUCUCAUUUAAUUACAUCGUAAUUACUCACCACAAUGAGUUUAUAAGCACUUUUCACAACUCAGAGACCAGAGUUUUGCUUUAACAGUAAAAACACUAACAACGAGCAUGCUAAUAAUUCACUUCCUGAUUCUUGGACAGACAGCACACAGCAGACUUAUUUUGCCCUCAAGAGCUGCUUACAUAAUAUGUCUGUACUGGGGCAGGGCACAUUUAGCUCAAAUACAAAAAAAAUUCAAUUUAAUUGGGUACACAUGCCUCAGUCAGCAACAAAUCUGUAACAGUUAUGAAAUGAUGGCACAAAUUGUUUGGUGUAUCUUUGAUGUUAGUUAUGUCUUAUUUUAUUUCUUUUUUUAUCCUCCUAUCUCAAGGUCAAAUUUAUACAGAUUCAACCGAUUAGAUGUAAGAGUUUUAAGUUAUAAUUAAAGAGGAGUAAUCUGAAAAAUCG